AUGUUACUCGUGCCGGUCCAGCCAGCAUCAGCUCAUCCUCAGUGCCUGGACUUUGAGCCACCUUUCAAACCUUCAUGGCACCUGGAGUUUUGCACUCAGUACGAGCAGUUUGGCUGCUGCGAUCAGAAAACGGACAACUUGAUCGCGGAGAGAUACUGGGACAUUAUUGACCAGUUGGAAGCGGCGGGUCAUGAGCUCUGUGCAGACACGGUGAAGGAAAUCAUGUGCCAGGAGUGCUCUCCAUAUGCCGCCCACCUCUAUGAUGCCGAGGACCCGUACACACCCGUCAGAGAGCUACCUGGCCUUUGCUUCGGCUACUGCUCGGAGUUUCAUGGCAAAUGUCGCCAUGUGGUGAAAUAUUUAACUGGGAACCAGCUGCUGUGGGACACAUCUGGGCGAGAUGUGUCCACGUUCUGCAGCAUGGUCGACUUGUCCGACCAGGACUACUGCUACCCCAACGUUUUGAAGAGCCCUGACCUGAACAGCAACCUGGGGCAGGUGGCGGAGGACCCCCGAGGGUGUCUCCAGGUGUGCCUCACAGAGGUGGCCAACAACCUCAGGAACCCCGUGUUGAUGCUUCACAGCGGCGACGGCACACAUCGCAUGUUCGUCGCCGAGCAGGUGGGCUUUGUGUGGGUUUACCUGCGGGACGGCAGCCGGCUGGAGCAGCCCUUCCUGGACAUGAGCGGCGAGGUGAUGACCACGCCCUGGCUGGGGGAUGAGAGGGGCUUCCUGGGCAUGGCCUUCCACCCCAAGUACCGGGACAACGGACGCUUCUUCAUCUACUACUCCAUCCAGGUCAACAGCGAGCUGGAGAAAGUUAGAGUCAGUGAGAUGAAGGUGUCCGCCCACGAUAUGAACGUGGCUGAUCUUUACUCCGAGAGGGCUAUUCUAGAGAUCGAGGAGCCAGCCGCAAACCACAAUGGAGGCCAGCUGCUGUUUGGUCUCGAUGGAUAUCUGUACAUCUUCACAGGAGAUGGUGGAAAAGCUGGAGAUCCGUUUGGGAAGUAUGGCAACGCACAAAACAAGAGUGCUCUGUUGGGAAAGGUUCUCCGCAUUGAUGUAGAUGUAAGUGACUCCAGAGGGAAGCAGUACAGGAUUCCAGCUGAUAACCCAUUCCUCCAUGAACAAGAUGCCCGGCCAGAGGUGUACGCAUAUGGGGUCAGAAACAUGUGGCGAUGCUCCGUGGACCGCGGGGACCCGGUCAGCCGAUAUGGCAGGGGCAGGAUAUUCUGUGGAGACGUGGGCCAAAACCGCUAUGAGGAAAUAGACAUUAUUGUGAAAGGAGGAAACUACGGAUGGAGAGCCAAAGAGGGCUUUGAGUGCUAUGAUGUGAAAAUGUGCCACAACUCCACCUUGAAUGACAUCCUCCCUGUAUUUGCAUACAGCCAUCAUGUUGGGAAGUCUGUGACAGGGGGAUAUGUGUACAGAGGAUGUGAAUCCCCCAAUCUGAACGGCAUGUACAUAUUUGGAGACUUUAUGAGUGGGCGAAUCCUGGCGUUAGAGGAAGAUAAGACAACAGGAAGCUGGAAGGAGAGGAGUGUGUGCAUGGGUGAAACCAAGACGUGCUCAUUUCCCGGACUCAUCAACCAUCACCACAAGUUCAUCAUCUCGUUCGCUGAAGAUGAAGCAGGGGAACUAUAUUUUUUAGCCACGGCGUACCCAAGUACUAUGUCUCCUUUUGGAACUGUUUUCAAAUUCAUGGACCCCUCCAGGAGAGCCCCUCCAGGGAAAUGUAAGCAGAAGCCGCUGUCGGUCAAAGUGAGGGGGAAAAAGAUUCCUUUUGUGCCCAGGGAACGUAAGUCACCUCAGUUUACCGUUUGCAUUUCCGGGGUGUGUUCAUACCAGAGAAGCCAUUUGACAUGA